CGUUUUAGCCUUCCAGCAACCCCUCUCUAUAAUGAUGAAAUGGCAUGCGGGGUGGUGCUUGAAAAAGCUACUCAACUUCAAUAGACAGGGACUUAACGGUGAUAAUCUUAUCCUAUUCACUACUUCAUAUGAUCAGUCCCGUGUAAACUUUCUGAAAGAAAUUGAUGGAGUUUGGUUCGAUCAUAUUCCAGAUACUCUAAUUAAAGAAUUGGCAAGCUGUAAAAGAGUUCUUGAACAAUCUUCCCAAUAUAAAGAUCCAUUAUUUUUGCUGGAGCUUGUUCUUCACCAACAACCCACCAAUGGUCAAACAUCUUCAUAUCUUGCUUGGCAAAGGAUGGUUGAUGCAGUGAAGGCUUUCAUUCUCCACUACCAGUUGAAAACAUUUAUUUUGGAAGGUGUAUUGGUUGAAAAGCCAUUAAUGAACAUGAUUUCCAGUUCUACCAAUGAUUCUGGAGUGAUCCGUGCUUCAGAUGUUUCAUCUGCUAGCUUUGGGUCCAAUGUUUCGUUGGAGUCUGGAAUGCCUUGUGGAAUUGCAUUUUCAAAUUCCGAAAUUAGGGAUAUAUAUGUAAUACCAGUGGCAAGUGGAAUAGCUGGAAAAUUGCUUCUUGCAGAGAAACACCCAUUCCGCAGUCGACAUGGAGUUGUGAUUGCAAUUGCUCCAUUGGCAGGGUUAUGUCCUAAGAUAGAUGAGAACCACCCCUCAUGGUUGCACCUUCGAAUUAGAGAGUUUGACCCACAGUUUUAUUCAAUCAAAGCCAAAGGAAACCUCCUGGACAUGGCUCAUCAUUUGGUAGAUGGGAGAUGGACCCUUGGUUUUCCGAAUGCAAGAGCUUGUGAGGAAGCUAAAUUAGUAAUUUUAAAUGAAAUUUCCAAGCAGAGAUCAGCGGUGGAGUAUGUGCUUGCUCCAUUACUUCAGCAUGAUCUUGGAUUAGCUGAAAACUGAGGUAUAGUUAAAGUUGUUGUGAUGAGUUUUCUUAGUUACUUUAGAUUCUUCCCUCUUUUGAAUUAUUUUCUAUCCCUUUUUAUUUAUUUAUUUUUAUUUUACCUGUCUUAUUGUUUAAUUUCACACUGUACUUUAUAUUUUGGUUCUAAAAAUGCAAUAGGGUUAUAGUUUACAUAUUAUUAGAACAGAGUAUUUUAUGCUAUAACUGCCAACAAGCAACUUGUGAAGGAUACUAUAGUAAAGUUCAUAUGCCUUGGGAGUAUAUACUAAUAGAUGUCUCUAACAGAUGUUCAUCCGAUUUCGUGUAUAAAUGUGAUCGUUUGUAAUAAUACGCAGUUUCUGUAAUUCCUUAAUUUUGUCUAUUAUUUUAA